UCCAAUGCCCCGGAGCGGCCAUGAGCGCCCCGCACUGGUGGGACCAGCUGCGUGCUGGCAGCUCGGAGGUGGACUGGUGCGAGGACAACUACACCAUCGUGCCUGCCAUCGCCGAGUUCUACAACACGAUCAGCAACUUCUUGUUUUUUAUUUUACCGCCCAUCUGCAUGUGUUUGUUUCGUCAGUAUGCAACAUGCUUCAACAGUGGAAUCAACCUAAUAUGGGCCCUUUUAGUUGUAGUGGGAAUUGGAUCUGUCUACUUCCAUGCAACUCUCAGUUUUUUGGGUCAGAUGAUUGAUGAACUUGCUAUCCUCUGGGUUUUGAUGUGUGCUCUGGCCAUGUGGUUUCCUAGAAGGUAUCUUCCAAAGAUUUUUCGGAAUGACAGGGGCAGGUUCAAGGUGAUGGUCUGUGUCCUGUCUGCAGUUACAACAGGCCUGGCAUUUGUCAAGCCUGCUUUCAACAGCAUCUCACCUGAUGUCCUUGGGCUGCCUUGUACCCCACUGCUCAUUGCAGAGUUAAAGAGGUGUGACAACGUGCGUGUGUUUAAGCUGGGCCUCUUUUCUGGCCUCUGGUGGACCCUGGCUCUCUUGUGCUGGAUCAGCGACCGGGCCUUCUGUGAGCUACUGUCGGCCUUCCACUUUCCCUACCUGCACUGCGUGUGGCACAUUCUGAUCUGUCUGGCCUCCUACCUGGGCUGCGUAUGCUUCGCCUACUUUGAUGCUGUUUCUGAGAUCCCGGAGCAAGGCCCCGUCAUCAAGUUCUGGCCCAGUGAGAAAUGGGCCUUCAUCGGAGUCCCCUACGUGUCCCUCCUGUGUGCCAAGAAAUCCCCUGUGAAGAUCACGUGAUGUCCAGCCAGUUUUUCCACUGACUUCUCUGGGGUGCAAGGCUUCAUUGACAAGCAAACACAGGCUUUACAGCUAAGGGUGGGCGCUGUCUUUUAAACAUUCUGUUUUCUUGGUCUCUGUGGUAUGU